UGCUGUGGCCAGAAAUAAACCAUAAAUACCCCCCUGGCCUCUACCGACUGCUCGCCAGGCCUCCACACCCUCACACUAAGACAGGCUGAGAAGAAAGGCGAGAACAACAGAAGACGCGGAGAGCGGCUUGUACCGUACCAGGUGCACUGACACAAGCCAUCCAGACGCGUCAAAUGUUAAAUCACACAGCACCGAACUAAGCAACAUGACAGAUCAACAAGGAAGCCCAGACCAGUUGCCUGCAGAGAAGGGCCAAGGCGGAGUUGGAGCCUCAUAUAAGUUGGCAGUUUUUGAGUUUGAGAACUUCCGUGGAAAGAAAGUGGAAUUGUCUGGCGAAUGCAAAGAUUUGUUGGAGAAGACACAGAAAGUUGGGUCCAUCAUUGUGGAAUCUGGACCAUGGAUUGGUUUUGAGCAUCCAGGUUUUGCAGGGGAGAAGUUUGUAUUAGAGAAGGGGGAGUAUCCCCGCUGGAGCUCAUGGACUAAUUGCCAGAGCCACUACUGUCUGGGCUCGUUCAGGCCCCUAAAAGUGGAUAAUGCAGAUCACAAGCUGCACCUGUUCGAGAAUGCAGGUUUUGAAGGCAGAAAGAUGGAGAUUGUUGACGAUGAUGUUCCCAGCCUGUGGGCUUAUGGUUUCCAGGAUCGCGUGGCCAGUGCUAAGGCCAUCAACGGCACGUGGGUAGGCUACAUGUACCCGGGCUACAGAGGACGCCAGUAUGUGUUUGAGCAUGGAGAUUUUAAGCACUGGAAUGAUUGGGGAGCCACCGCACCUCAGAUCCAGUCUGUCCGACGUGUGAGGGACAUGCAGUGGCACAAGAGGGGUUGCUUCAUUGCCCCUACUCCUGCUCCUAAUCCAAAUCCCAACCCUAACCCCACCCCAAAUCCCAAUCCUACUCCUAACCCUACUCCCACCCCCAAACCGUCUCCAAAUCCCAAAUCACAAACCCAGGCUUGAGCCUGAGGCUACAACUCCAGCACCUCCUUAGAGCUCCUGGGACAUGUCAAACCCCAAAUCUACACUAGAAUAUGCAAAUGAGUAAUUAUUGGAAUUUAUAAGUAUGAAACAUGGUUACGUUAUGUCAUUACAAAUAAAAUCUUCUUCCUGGC